ACAUACAGAAGCAGGAUGCAGUUGGUGAGCACUUUGGGGCUUUUUUUGACCUUGCUGCAUCUUUCCACCUCACUGCUGCUGGGAGCCUUCAACAUCAGAUCCUUUGGGGACACCAAAGUCUCCAACACCACUCUGAUGAAUAUCAUCAGCACGAUUGUCCACCGCUAUGACAUCAUUCUGAUCCAGGAGGUCAGGGACAGUGAUCUCUCAGCAACCAAAAAACUCAUGGAGCAUGUCAACAAAGAUUCUCCUCAGUUUAAAUACAUCGUCAGCGAGCCCCUUGGUCAGAGCACCUACAAGGAGAGAUAUCUCUUCCUUUACAGAGAGGACACAGUGUCUGUGGCAAAAAACUACACCUAUGAGGAUGGCCCUGAGGAAUCUGGGGAAGACAGCUUUAACAGGGAGCCAUUCAUUGUCAUGUUCUCCUCCAAAUAUAGUGCUGUGAAGAGCUUCACUCUGAUCCCCCAGCACACUUCUCCAGACUUCGCUGUGCAGGAACUAAAUGCUCUCUAUGAUGUGGUGGCCGAUGUCCGCAAUCGCUGGAAAACCAAUGACAUUGUGCUGCUAGGUGACUUCAAUGCAGGUUGUAAUUAUGUAUCCGGGUCUGACUGGCAGCAGAUCCGCAUCUUCACUGACAAGAGUUUCCACUGGCUGAUCACCGAUGAGGCCGACACCACAGUGACACACACUAACUGCCCUUAUGACAGGAUUGUGGUUACCACUGACAUGAUGAAUGGAGUGGUGAAAGGCAGCGCUGAGGUGUACAACUACAUGACAGAGCUGAAUCUCAAGCAGGAUCUGGCGCUGGCUGUAAGUGACCACUUCCCUGUGGAGGUGAAGCUGAUUGGUCAGCCUCCUGCUGCUUGAAUCGUGACUUCCACAAGCUUUCCACACAUCACGCUCAAUCUGCAGUCAGCGUAAGGAUCAUUUAGUUGGAGGACUAUUGUCAACCAUGGCUUCAUGAAAUGCAAACACACAAUAAAGCUGCUAAAAAUGUCACAGCAAGCCUGCAUCUUGGAACUGGGAUUUAAAAAAAUAG